ACCAAAAAAAAAAAAAAAAAAAACCCACAGUGUGAAUGAGAAUCCCAAUCUGAAUGGUAAUUCCAAUCUGAAUAGCUACCCCAACCCGAAUAGCCAUCCGCAUCACACCGACCGCACCAUUCAAAUGCAGUGAAACGCGCUUGUGUAACUUCCUCCCAUUUGCAUAGAGGCCCCCACGGCGUGGCACACGUGGCGCAUACUAUGGGGGUGAAAUUCGAGUUCUUCAGAUUCUUCAAGCUGAACUACUACGCCUUUUACGUGAAGAAGGAAAAGCUUUACACCUUCCUGCAUACCACCACGGCGUAUUCCCUCGUGGGGGUGACCCUCUACCUGGGAUACUCCUUCUUCCACAUGUGGAACGACGCGGUACACUACUCGUACAAGCACUACAUGCGGAAGGAAAAACAACGCAAAGAACUGUACGAAAAAAUUAGGACCGCUCGGGAGAAUGGUCUCAUCCCGAAGAGCCAAGUUGACCUCUCGAGUUAAGCGACUGAUUGGGCAGGCAACUAGCCAAAAUUAGCAGCCAAUCAAAUUAGCUAGCUAAAAAAAAGUGCACACAUUUCGUGCGUGUCAAAAGGAAUACCCUUCCAGGAAAAACAACCCAUGAAGAGAACACCCGUACAAGAGGUUAAGGCGAAUCUGCACGAGCGUUUUAUAGCGAUCCUUGGGUAUGCUUCUCCCAACUGUACUAUCACAUUUGACGAAUAAGUAAAACCAAACAAGUUGCACACAGAGAAAAUAUUACCUGAACAGGUCAGCUUAUUUGCAGUCAGGUAGAACAA